UGGCUCCAAGCGACUCGAGGCAAGCCACCACCACGCUCCCCUCCCACCGCGCAUCACCGCACAGCCCACGAGAGAGAGAGAAGAGCGCAGAUAGACUUUGUGCAACGCAGUUCGCUCAGAGGUCCUAAACCACCGCUGCCACGUUCACGCUCCGGGUGUAGCGGAAGACUCGAUCGUCGAAGGGUUGACAUUUGGAGAAACGCAGGAAGCCACCAGCAGCGAGAUGUCCCUCCGCAACCGUGGCUUUAGCAGCAAGUCGGUGGUGACCGGGGGUAGUCUGAAAGGCGCUCGCUCGUCCAUUCGUUACGAUGGCCGUGCAUCCCGCUCGUCCGCGGGGGUCCUGUUCACGGGAGCCCCCCCUCCCGAGAUCGAUCGCUCCGUGCAGGACGUGAGGAGCCAGGAGAAGGAUCAGAUCAGGGGCCUCAACGACCGCUUCGCCAACUUCAUCGACAAGGUUCGCUCCCUGGAGCAGCAGCGCUCGGUGCUGGAGGCUCAGUGGAAGGUGCUGCAGGCGAAGGGCGACGACAAGUCGAACCUGGAGGAUAUCUACCAGGAGUACAUCCGCGGGCUCAGGCGCCAGCUCGAGGUGCUGCAGGAGAACAAGGAGCACCUGCAGUCGGACGUGGGGCACAUGCAGGGCGUGGUGGAGGAGUUCAAGAACAAGUACGAGACGGAGCUGAACAACCGCAAUCACGCCGAGAACGAGUUCGUCCUCAUCAAGAAGGAUUUCGACGACGCCCACCUCAACAAGGUGGAGCUGGAAGCUCGGCUGGAGGGGCUGACCGACGAGAUCGACUUCCUGCGGAGGAUCUACGAAGAGGAGCUGCGCGAGCUGCAUGCGCAGAUGAACAACAUCUCGCUGACGGUGGAGGUCGACACGAACCGCCACUUCAACAUGGACGACAUUGUGGCGAGCGUCCGCUCCCAGUACGAGGCCUUGGCCCAGCAGAGCCGGCAAGAGGCUGAGGACUUCUACAAGGUCAAGUUUGAGGACAUCAACGCGUCCGCAGACAAAUCCAACGAGGACAUCCGCAACGCCAAGCAGGAGCUGAACGAUUUGUUGCGAACCAUCAAGAGCCUCACGAGCGAGGUCCAGAGGCUGAAGCAACAGCGCGGGCAAGCGGAGCGCGCGGUGGCCGAGGCGGAAGAUCUCGGCGAGCAGGCGGUGAAGGACGCCAAGCAGAGGAUCGCCGACCUGGAGCAGGAGCUGGCCGACAGCCGCCGCCAAAUGGCGCAGCACGUGCGCGACUACCAGGAGCUGAUGAACGUGAAGCUGGCGCUCGACAUCGAGAUCGCGACCUACGGCAAGCUGCUGGAGGGCGAGGAGGACCGGCUGUCGUCCCUUGCUGGGGCCAGAGGGAGGAACUCCAGGAACUACAGCUACAACUUUGGGGAUGACGACCUGACUUCCCACUAUGAGAGCGCCGUUCCCAGGUCAUCGUCCAAGACGGUCAUCAUCAAGUCGAUCGAGACGCAGGACGGCAGCGUCGUGUCGGAGACGACCGAAGUCCGAAAUUAAACCCGGGCAUCGUGUUCCACGCCUGCCAACCUGGCUCCAGCCCCCACCCCACCGCCCCCCCCCCCCCCCCCCCCGCUGUGCGAUGUCGCGAUGCCAUCCCUAGUGGGCACCUCCCGAGGCGGGAAUGAAGCCGCGUUGGCGGACGCGGAGACGACGUGGAUUGGAAUGCAAGAGUGCAGGUCGCAUAGCUGGAAGGUUUAAAAAAAAAGAAUACAAAUAUAACGUUUUGGAAAAAAAAUAUGCAGUGUGAAAUAUUUGGCUGUGGGUGGAGGGGGUGUGGUGCUAUUUGCUUUUGAAGUCCAGUUUGUAUCCUUUCGCCGUGUCUCUGCAUUAGGUCCCCUUUCCUCGCGCCACUGACGCUCGCACCAAAACCACGGUUUGAUACGUACGGUGCAAAGGAAGUUCAACAUGCACACAUCUCUUUAAAGCGACCUCUUCAUAUCACUCCCAUGCAUUGCACCGCGUCUCGUCUGGCACGACGUCCGACGUUUCUCUCCGUGUGCCGGGUGAAGCUUCUUCAAGAACUUAACUGUGAACGGCUGAACCGAACAGUUCCUGAAGAAGCUGCCCAGCACGUGCAACAAAACGUCGGACAUUGUACCGAACAACAUGCCGUACAAAGCAAAAACACAUCAACAAACACAGUAAAAAGGCACUUAACAUCGCCUUUUGUCUUGACCAGUGCUGUGGCACUGCAACUUGUUGACAAUAAAUUGUGGUACUGGUGCAGCAUGUGAUAGGAAGUUUAAAAAUUAAGUAUCAACUCCACCGUGCAUCAGAAGACCAUCAAAAGCAGACACAUGGUGAACGGUGGUUUAGACGAACGUUCAGUGCGCAGCCUCGCUGCUCAAGGGCGCGCACGGUGUAACUCCGCUCUCGGAUUCUGCAGCUCUUGAAACACAAACCUGGGAAUAGAAAGGCGGCACGCUCGCUCGCUCGCUUGCGCCUUGUUAGAGAGUGCCUUUUUUUUUUAGUUCUGCUGGCGUCGGUCUGUGCGGCUGUUCGAAACCGUUCCACUCCGCUUGGGGUGGGGGGGGGGGCUCCGUGUCGGCUUUUACUAUUCUGUAGUGUGUAAAGAAUAGCCGCUUAAGUAGACGAUCACUGACGGGAAGGUGAAGGGCCGUUAUUAUUCUCUAGAGUCUGCCGCGUGAGUGUACGUCGCGUGAGUGUACGCCGCGUGAGUGAAAGUCACGCGCACACGCUGGGAUUCUCGGGAGAAUAAAGCCGGUGCACUGUUUUAAA